AUGAAAAUAUAGCAAUCUGAAGAUGAAGAUAAUUUAUCCUCCAAAUUACAGGAUGAUGGCGUUAACUAAUCUGCAGAUAAUUUGAGUGAUGAAGGAUAAUUAGAAAAGAGUACUUUGCAUUAUUCUUGGUUUGUAAGGACAUUUGGACCAAUGAAAAAAGGAUCUCUAAGAUAGUCUGUUAUUGCACUUAUGUGUGCAGCAAUGGGUUCAGGGAUGUUAUCCUUUCCAUGUAAAAUAAAUUAAAAAAAUAUAUUUAUAGCAAAUCCUGUUUAAUCUGGAUUAAUUAAUUGCAUUAUUUUGAUGAUUAUUUGUGCACUUUUAUCUAGAUUUUCAAUGUAUAUACUAAUGAAAUGCGCAUUCAAAUAUGAUUAACACUCAUAUGCAGAAUUAGUAAAAUUUGCUUUAGGUCCAAGUAUGUAAAAAUUUUAUUCGGUCGAUGUUAUUUGUUAUACGUUUGGAGCUAUUGUUUGUUAUUAAAUUUUAUUUACUUAAUUUGUUUGGUAAGUAUUAUUGCAAUUUAAAGUUGAUGAAUCAUAUAAAGAUGAGGUUAGAUAUAUUGGAGGAUCAAUUUUCAUGAUCAUAAAUUUUCCAGUAAGUAUGAUGAGAGAUUUAUAUUCAUUAAGAUACUUUACUCAUUUAUAGAUAAUAAUUAUAGCAUAUAUUUUGGUUACUAUAAUUAUAUUUUUCUUUAUUAAUGCUCCUGAAAAAUUCGAUAGUGAUAAGAUAGUUUAUUUUGAUUUCAAUAUUUAAAUAACGAGCACAUUUGCUGCUACAUUUUUUGGUUUCAUUUGCCAUUAGUUAAUAUUCCCAAUUAGAUCUGAAUUAAAAAGAUCAACUUUUAAGAGAAUGUCAAAAAUAUUUAAUAGAGCAAUCUUUUCUGAGGCUAUAAUUUAUUUAACAUUGAUGAUUUUUGGAUAUUUGAGCUUUUUUGAAACAACUGAAAAAAUCAUUAUUGAUAAUUAUGACACUCUUGCAUUUACCAUAGCCAAAGCUUUAUUUGCAUUUAUUAUGUUUUUUGCAGUGCCAAUCAACUUAAAUCCUUCUCGAUUGACUGUUUUGUAGUUGAUUGGUAAGGAAAAGAGCUGGAAAGCUUAUGUAAUUAGUACAGUAAUUUUAUAAUAUACAACUGGGGUUAUUGCAAUGAUAUAUCCAAAUGUAAAGUAAUAAAUAUAUUUGAAAAUAAAGGGCCAUUUUUGGUUUGUUGGGAGGUAUUUUUGGUAUGAUUAUGGUUAUUGUGCUACCAUGUACAUUAUAUAUUACUUUAGAAUUAAAAGAAGGGAAAAAAUGGUCGGAUUCAGAUAUUUUAAUUACCUUAUUAAUAGGAGUUUUUUCAGGGAUUGCGGGUUUCACAGGAGCUAUAGUAAGCUAAAUUUAUUCCUGA